UGGAGGAAGAAGGAGCUCCGCCACAAGCUGAUCAGAGCAGCCAGCGGACACAGGUGGUGGUCGGUGGUAUCUACCGGAGGAGAGUAAACACAACAAACCAUGAAGAACGAAGGCAUAGAGGGCACGGAGAGGUUCCUGAGCCCGGACAGGGGCCGCGGCCUGCGGGCGGUGAGGCACUUCUCUGUGGGGGAGCUGGUGUUCGCCUGCCCUGCUUACUCCUACGUGUUGACGGUGAAUGAGAGGGGAGCGCACUGUGAGAACUGCUUCAGCAGGAGAGACGACCUUUUUAAGUGUGGUAAAUGUAAGCAGGCCUACUACUGCAAUGUAGACUGUCAGAGAGGGGAUUGGCCUAUGCAUAAGCUGGAGUGUGUAGCCAUGUGUGGCUACGGAGAAAACUGGUGUCCAUCAGAGACAGUCAGACUGGUGGCCAGAAUCAUCAUGAAACAGAGAGUCACAACAGAGCGUACCCCAUCAGAAAGAGUGCUGCUGCUCAGAGAGUUUGAAUCGCAUUUAGAUAAGAUGGACAGUGAGAAGGACGAGAUGAACCAGGCAGACAUAGCAGCGCUGCAUCACUUCUACUCCAGACACAUCAGUGACAUCCCUGAUGAACAGGCUCUCACUGAGCUCUUUGCACAGGUUAAUUGUAAUGGUUUUACUAUAGAGGACGAGGAGCUCUCCCAUCUGGGAUCAGCUGUUUUUCCUGAUGUAGCACUGAUGAAUCACAGCUGUAGCCCUAAUGUCAUCGUGACUUAUAAAGGCACAGUGGCUGAGGUCAGAGCUGUUAAAGAGAUAAACCCGGGAGAGGAGAUCUUUAACAGUUACAUAGACCUGCUUUACCCGACAGAGGACAGGAAAGAGAGGUUGUUAGAUUCCUACUUCUUCACAUGCCAGUGUACAGAGUGCACCACCAAAUCUAAGGACAAGGAAAAAAUGGAGAUUAGAAAGCUGAGUUCUCCACCAGAGCCCGAGGAAAUCAAAUCCAUGGUCCGUUAUGCCAAGAAUGUCAUCGAAGAGUUUAGGAGAGCCAAACACUACAAAACCCCCAGUGAGCUUCUGGAAAUGUGUGAGCUCAGCCAGGAGAAGAUGGGAGCUAUUUUUGCAGACACCAACGUCUACAUGCUGCACAUGAUGUAUCAGGCCAUGGGCGUCUGUCUCUACAUGCAGGACUGGGACGGCGCUAUGAGCUAUGGAGAGAAGAUCAUUCAACCAUACAGUGUUCACUAUCCAGCCUAUUCUCUGAAUGUGGCGUCAAUGUAUUUGAAAUUGGGACGUCUGUAUUUGGGACUUGAAAAGAAGACACAAGGAGUCAAAGCUCUGAAGAAGGCUCUUGCAAUCAUGGAGGUAGCUCAUGGAGAAGAUCACCAUUAUGUAGCAGAGGUCAAACGAGAAAUCGAGGACCAGAAGUAAAGAAAGUGGAGCUGAAGGAGCAAAUAGAUUUUCCAGAGCGAUGAACCUCUCUGAAAGAAACAACAAAAUACACAUACAAAAUGCAUGGCAUGCAUCUUAUACCUCUCAGUUUUUUAAAACGUUUUUGUUCCUGCUCUGUUGUUCUGUCCGCCUCUCUUUGGGCAGUUUCUUUUACGUGUUUAUCGACCACAUUUUGUAUCUACAGCAGCCUAGUUUCUGUCAGACCUGCUCUUAAAUGCAGACAAAUUAGAGGUACAUUUUUUUGGAAUGAAAAAAAGAAACAUCGUAAAUACUUCUCUUGUAACCUUGAGCAUGAUUUGGAAAUGUUGGUUGGUUUGUGCUUAAGCUCAGUUAACCCAUGCUGUAACUGAAGAAAGAAUCACAAGCAGGGAAAAGAAAACCUUUAAAGCUGCCUUUCAGAAGCACCAAAGCUCGAUAGCUCGAUAUUCUGAAGCCACAUUUUGGCCCUGUUUUUCCUUUCCUAGUGAGUCUGAAAUCAUUCACUGUGUGUUUAUUGACCCAUAAACAGACUGUUUCGCCAUCAUGUAUGUUUUUGGCUGCACAGUGUUGCUCCAGAGCAGUUGUUCAUGAUUUAACAAUAUGUAGUGAGUAGUUGUUACUGAGGGCAUUACUACUUAUUUUACAGCCAAUGCAUUUUAUUUCUAUCAAAUAUUCCGCAGCAGAGUUUCUGGCUUCACUGAUUCUUGUUUAAACUGUGAAAGAAAAAUAAGACUGACCAUGCAUCAGGCACUCUGUAGCAGCGGAGAAGAGAAUGCAAAGAACUUUUCCUGAAUGAAUAACGAGUAGUUUUAUUGGUUUAUCUUACAGUAUGUUUUGCUUGUUUAAAAGAACCGAAAAGUGUUGCAUGUCUGACUGUUUACAGUGUGCGUUUGUAUGUGUGUUUUGUUUUGUCUUUUUCACAUGGGGCUUGUUGACCAAAUGGGCCACGGGUUUAACUGAUGAGGAACCAGCUAUUCUAUCUAUUCACAGUGUAUCCUUAACCAGGGGUGCUGAUUUGAGACCAGUUUGCCUCUUAAGUCGCAGUAAAGACAUCGGUCCUGUAAUCUGACUGAUGAUCCUGGAUCGGAGCCUCUUUGCUCUCAGGAAUAAAAGGGGCAACACUGUAGCUUUUGUUGCCUUUUGCCACGAUCAACAUUAUCAUACCUUUUUGGUGUUUUCUUAGAAGCAUCAUGCAUCCAGAUCGUCACUACCCUGGGAAUGAAGUCACCCUAGCAGCUGUGGGCCGGAUUUUACCAUGCACUCUAACUUGAUAAAAUAUAUCUUUUACAUACAACUGUUCAUGAGGGUGUGAGGAGUGUCAUUGUCACACACACACAGGUGACAAGAAUGAAAUAUUUAUUAUUGCGAUUUCUAAUUUCAUCUCCCUUUAAUCUCUGCUUUAGUGUGAAGUUAAUUUUUUGCGCUCUUUAAACACACUGAGCUACUGUAGAAGCAUAUCCUUCAGCAGGAGCGGGUAUUUAAAAACUUAAGAAAUCUGAGUGGUUGAAAAAGAAAUGCUUGUUGACAGCAGGGUUGAUCAGAAAUAGAAAGUGUUGCCUGUGGUUUACAGUUUUAGCUGACCCCAGCCCUCAGCCCAAAAUCAGGAGCAGGUAAAGGUCAUAAAACUGUACUUCUGGAGAUUUGACUAGUUCAAAAAAAUACCAGGCAACUAUAAUUUGUGGAUGCUGGUUUAAAUCAGUCUUACAAUAUGAGUGAGCAUUUAAAAGUUGAGCUAAAGUAAUGCAAAGAUCAUGACUUGGGUCUAAUUAAAGGGUUCUUGUUGCACUCCAAUUUUGUACAGUUUUUGUGACAAUGAUGUCAAAAUGGCAAAUCUAGAAGCACAUUUCGCUUCAUUUUAACAGUUUCUGAAUGAACGGUUGACCUGUCUGCUGUCUUCACUUUUGCACUGCCAGAGAAACGAGUCACAGAUCGAAUUUCUUUAUUCUUAUGAAAUGCCUGUAGCCUCUCAAUUUUGUUUACUAAAGAAACAGUUUAAUGCACCACAUAAAUGUGGCUUACUGGUGAUUAGAAAUAACCAAAUGUGAUGAGUUGUCUGUAGUCAUAUUUGUAGCAACUCCUGCAUACGUGACUCUCUGUCACCUGCAAAAAUCUAGAAGGUGCCUGCCUUACAGCUUUGCCUAGGUAAUCCAAAAGCACCAGUUCACCAACUUUGUUCCACAUGUUUAUGUGUGUUUCUGUACAAUCAAAAACACAAUGCAAAGAGGGUUUGUAGGCUGGUUGGCACUAACCAAAAACCAUCUGAAUUUUCUGUUGGCCAGAUUUAAGCAGUGCAUUUAGCUUCUGGUCAGACACAAAAUACAUAAUACCAGUAUAUACAUUAUUUUGUUUUUCUGUGAUGUCUUUAAAUUUGAAACCUGUGGUAUUAGUGUUUAAACAGUGAAAUCCAUACUCAUGCUGCAUGUAAACCAGGCGAAGACUAAUUGAAAGGCCACCAACAAUAUGUUUUCUGUUGUUCUGUUAUGAAGUGUUAACUUUAUCAGGCAUGAAUGGUAUUCUGUUGGUAUGCAUUACUAAAAUCUGAGCCUCUGGUUCUUUCUGUAUCAUGUCAGUGGAACUCAAUAAAUGACAGUAUGGCA